UGUUGUCAACAUGGCUGAUUGGGAAGAGGUCCGGCGACUAGCAGCUGAUUUUCAAAAAAUCCAGUUAUCUACUGCAAAACAAAAAUUGUCUGAACGCAAUGUUAUAGAACUUGUUACCAAACUUAUUGAGCUGCACUUGGUUGAUGUUCUGUACACUUCUGAUGGAAAGACCUAUGUUACACAUCAGCAGUUGGUGAAGGAAAUUAAAGAUGAACUUAUUGUUCAUGGAGGAAGAAUCAAUCUUGUGGAUCUUCAACAACUGCUCAAUGUGGACUUCAGCCAUAUUGAGUCUAAGGUCAAUGACAUGGUCAGGCAUGACGGCCACCUCACUUUGGUGCUUGGUCAGCUGAUUGAUAAUUCUUACCGUGAGCAUUUGGCUGAAGAGAUCAAUGACCAGCUUCAAGAAAAGGGUCAUGUGACAAUAAUAGAGCUGACAAAGGCGUAUGAUUUACCUGCUGAUUUUUUGAGAGAGGUAAUUGAUCAGAACCUGGGAAAGCGCAUUAAAGGACAGAUAGAUAACUACGAUAAAGAUGUGGUUUUUACUGAGGCUUUUGUUACUCGCAUGAAGGCACAGAUAAGAGGAGCACUAUCUGCAGUCACUCUGCCAACAACAAUUGGUCCAAUUCGACAGGCCAUUGGAUGCCAGGAGCAUCUGUUUCACACCAUCCUUGAUGAGCUAAUCUCCAGUGCUCGGCUGAUGGGCAGUUUAUCUGGCAGCAGAGUGGACAAGUCUCAGUUCCUUCCAGACAUCUACACCAGGGCUCAGAGCGAAUGGGUGGAUUCCUUCUACAGGCAGAAUGGCUACCUAGAAUUUGAUGCCAUUUCUCGGCUGGGUAUAUCUGACCCUAAAGGCUAUGUGAAGAAGAAGUUCAAGUCAGAGCAGCUGGUCUUCCUGAGCUCAUGCUGUGUGGGUCCCGUCAUCUCAGAACAAGUUCAGUACACUGUAGACGAGGCACUGAACCAGGGUGUUUGGGUGGACAUUAUGACUGUGCUUCCCUCUGUUCUGAGCCGAAAAGAUGCCUCCGAGCUGCUGUCAAACUGUUUAAAGACACGCCCCAAUGCCAUUGUCUGUGAUUCGACCAUAGUGGCCAGUGAUAAAUUAAUAUCUAACAGCCUUCCUGUUUUCACUGAUUUGAUGAAUGAAAAAGCAGAAAGGGCAUCCAAGUCCCACCCCGCAGUCUUAUCAAAUGACACACCAUCCAGUCAAGAAGACAACAAACACAGCAAGUUAUCUGGUGUGGAUGACGGGAGCUCCGCCAGAGAGGAUAAAAAAGAACAAAGGCGUAAAAAGGCUGCAGUUGCUGGCACCACCAAGAAAGAAGGCACUGGGGGUCGAGAGGUCAAGACCAAAUCUACCAAGAAGAAAGGUCGAGGCAGGGAGGUGGAUGAAGGGUCAGAUGAAGAGGCAGCAGCACCCAGCAAGGGGAAGCAAGCUAGUGACGGCAAGCAGGAGUUGCGGUUCAUGAGUGUUAAUGAAAUAGAAGAGGUCUUAAAAAAACAGCAGAAUUUGAAAGAAUGUCCUAAAGAGCUACUGUCUGAAAUAGCUGUAAAAUUACAUAGACCACUGACACGGCAGUACCAGGAAGUGGCCAAAUCAAUUUUCAUGAAAACUUCAGGACCAGACAGAAAAAAAACAGCAGCAGAGAUUCAGGAUAAAGUUAACAUCAUGUGGAUCAAUGCUCGCCUCUUUGAGAAGGGAGCUAAACUUUUUGAAGACCCCGUCCAAACCAACGUGGUCAAGCACUUGUUGAAGACUGUCUGCUCUGAUUUGACCAACACAGUGGUGCUAGCUCUGGCCAGUGACAACAUGGUCAGGGUGUCCAGCUCGAAUGAUGACCAGCUGACACCUGAGGCAAGGCUUAGAGUGAUCAGCACACUACCAAAAGAGUCGCAGGAACCCCUGACAAAGCUCCACAACUCACUCAACGGUCAGAGCCUGGACGACUUCUUUCACCAGCUGGAGUUGCUGUGUGGUCCGGCACAUUUGGGCAUUCUGCUGAAGAAACCAGACAAAAGAAAAGAAAGGCAGCUGGUGUUCAACCAUCGCACCAGCCUGAGUGAGCAGCUAAAAGCUGAGACUGACCCAGCCAUGAGCCUGCACCUGGCCGCUGUCCUCCUGUUCCAGACCAUGACCCAGUGCAUGCUCCACGUCCCAGGUCGCAUGGUGCCCAGCGUCAUCCAGUACCUGAUCUCUCACCUGGAGGCUGAGAAAAUGGCUGUGUUGACUCACUUUCAAGACCUAAUUGUGAAACAAGUGAAAUUGAAGACAGAACCAGACAACGAGCAGAUUGUAGAAGUGGCCAAAGAGUUGUCCUCCUUGUUGGACUCUGUCAAAGACAUUGCCCUCAACACCAAGAGACAACAUGCAACAGGGGAUGAGUAGAUGAUGGUCAUUGGUUUGAUGGACAUUUGUGAGCUGGGAACCUAUGAUGGACAUUAGUGAGCUGGGAACCUAUGAUGGUCAUUUGUGAGCUGGGAACCUAUGAUGGUCAUUUGUGAGCUGGGAACCUAUGAUGGACAUUUGUGAGCUGGGAACCUAUGAUGGACAUAUGGAUGACGGCCGAUUGGGUUGAUGAAUAUUUGGAUGAUGGUCAUUGGUUGGAUGGACAUUUGUGAACUGGGAACCUAUGAUGGACAUUUGUGAACUGGGAACCUAUGAUGGACAUUUGUGAACUGGGAACCUAUGAUGGACAUAUGGAUGACGGCCAAUUGGGUUGAUGGACAUUUGUGAACUGGGAACCUAUGAUGGACAUUUGUAAGCUGGGAGCCUAUGAUGGACAUAUGGAUGACGGCCAAUUGAGUUGAUGAAUAUUUGGAUGAUGAUCAUUGGUUUGAUGGACAUUUGUAUACUGGGAACCUGUAUGAUGGACAUUAGGUUUGAUGGACAUUUGUAUACUGGGAACCUGGAAUAUGGACAUUAGGUUUGAUGGACAUUUGUAUACUGGGAACCUGGAAUAUGGACAUUUGGGUGAUGGUCGUUGGGGGUGAUGGAUAUUUGGAUGAACAUUUUGGCUCUCGGACAUUUUAAUGUUUGAUACUAGAGGAUUGUGCGUUCUCAAAAAGUGAUGUACUGGCUGCUAGUAGAAGAUGUUGUAAUUAUUAAACAAUUGUUUUUUUUUUUACUGGGUGAUAAGGUUUAUUCUAGGGCUUGAGAUUAUACGACUGUAUGGGUGUAAGAGUGAGCAUUUUAAAUUUAUAAGGAAUAUUAGGUGCGUAAGAUUCCACUUCAGAUUUUUAAAAGCUUUUUAGGUCUGUCAGAUAUAAAUUUUCAGGUGUAAAUCUGGAUAUAUUAUGUGGCUUUACAUUUGUAAAGCUGAAUUUAUGGUGUUGUUUUACAUGUGAACCUGAAUAUAAUAUUUGGUUUUAUGUGUAUUGUUCUGUUGUUUGAGAAAGAAAAAUUUUAAAACUUUGUCUGAAUCUUUACUGAAGUGCCUGUCUGAUUUAUGUGGUCCAGAUUAUAAUUCAUUAAAAGAAACAAAUGUGAUUGAACUAUUCCUAAUAAUCUAAUGUUAAUGCUUAAUUCUGUUUUAUUUUUUUCUCAUGUUAAAAUUUCAUGUUUCUUAUUUGUUUGUUCUAUGAAGUACACUUAAAGAUUCCCAGCAUUUAUUAUUUACUACUGAUGACUUAUGUAAUGUAUGAAUCCUUUUAUGAGUAAUUGUCACAAAAGGGACUUUCAUUGGUGGAAUAAGAAACUUUGCACCAAUAGCUGUUUUGAACUAGAGUUACCAAAAUUUUCAUUACUUCAAAACUAAUCCACAUAAUAUUAUUUGUGCAUAUAACACAAUAGUUUAUAAUUUAAUAUUUUGUGUAGGAAGUAUUAAGUUAAAAAUGUCUAAAGUAGGUCUGUAUUUAUUUUAUUUCAUUUUGUGUCAGAAAUUUCUUCAAGAGAAUAUCAAGACAAUUCUUCGAGAGAGUAUUUCAACAGUCAAAUGUUUUUGACAUUUAAGGAUAAUUUAUCCUUAGUUAUUUUACAGCUAGGAAAACCUUUUUUUUUUUUUUGCUGAAGUCAUUUUAAACAUAACAUCAUAUUUAUUUAAGAUAGAUUAUUUAUUUAUUUAAGAUAACUUUUAAUACCUUUGACUUGUGAAUAUGUCCUGUCAAUAAAUUAUUUUAAGAACAUUUAUUUUAAAAUUGCUGUCUACAAUAUUUUUUUUUUACAUAACUUAUGCAUAUUUUUCUUGAUACAGCACACAGAAUUUCAGUUUAAUUUUUUUUAGCUACAAACAAAAAUAACAGUUUUAAUCAAUUCAUUUUACACCA